AUCAUUACUUAAAAGUUAUGCAAGAGCAUUAUUACAUACAUUUUAGAUCUCAAAUUCUCAAAUCUCAAACUCAGGAUUUUUCAUACCCUGUUGCAACUUGCAAAACGAAGCGGGUUUAGCAAUGUGCGUGGCGAGAAGUUGGAAAUAAUUAUAAUUAUUAUAAAAUUAAAAAAAACAAACAAACUAUGAACUGAGUAAGAUAUUUAUCAAAUCUUUACAAGAUAAGAACAAACAAUGGCCGAAAUUCUUUUAAGUGAAGUUGAAAAGUACUACCUUGUGAUGGGCGUGGGGCAAGACGUCCGCGUGGAUGGCAGGUCUCGAUCAGACUAUCGGCAGGGGGACAUAGAUCUGAACGCUGUGACCAAUUCACAUGGAUCAAUUCGAGCUCGACUGGGGGAGACGGAUGUCAUCGUUGCCACGAAAGUGGAUCUCGGCACCCCCGACCCUGAUAGACCGGACCGAGGAACGAUAAAGUUCCUUGUCGACUGCUCACCAACUGCAUCUCCAGAUUUCGAAGGAAGAGGUGGGGACGAGCUGGCUGAAAAGAUUUGCAGAAUAUUAUCCAUCGCAUAUGAUAAGUCAGGAACGAUUGAUCUAAAAAAUCUAUGUAUCACGCCAAAAAAGUAUUGCUAUGUGAUUGAUGUGGACAUAUUGGUAACUGUAAAGCUGGUGCAAAACAAGAAGAGGUGUUCUUGGAUUUUGAAUUAUAUAAUAUCAAAAGUGUCUGUUAUACAGGUGUUACAGUGUGGUGGGAAUCUUAUCGAUGUGAUAUCCAUGGCUGUAAAAUUGUGCCUGGGAAUUUGCGAGCUUCCACGAGUGACUGGACUCAGGUACGAUUUGGGUCAAGGAGUCCCCGUUUUCUCAACUGACGAAUUUGAAUUUGACUACCUCGACGUAAAAAACUCUCCAGUUGUGGUCACGUUGCCCAGAGUUGGGAGGUAUUUCGUGGUGGAUGCGUCCUUGGAAGAAGAAUCUUGUUCAAAGGGAAAGUUAGCGUUUGGAGUGACGCCAGACGGCUGUGUCACGUCCAUUGAUAAGUUAGGCAGAGGAUGCUAUCAAGUCAAGUCCAUUCAAGCUGCUACAGCAAUGGCCUCGACAGUGGGUGCGAACGUGAAUAACACUAUUAACAUGCGAAUUGACAGUUUGAGGGAGCUAAAAUUGAGGGCUGAUCCUAAGCCAUUAAGUAUGCCGAUGGAUAUUUAAUUUUUGUUGAAUUAAUUUCUAAAACGUCUCGAUGUAAUGUUGCAGAAAAUAAAUACCUCGAUUUAUGUUUAAAAUGAAUAAAUGUAUUUGUGUUAUAGUUA